GAAAAAACAAAGACAAAAAUAUAUAUAUAAGCGUAAAAGUUAAGAAUCAUCCUGGAAAAAUUACAUCCUGUUAUAUCCCUGCUUAAAACCUCAGUAGCUUCCCACUACUUCUAGGAUAAAGACAAAAUUGCCUAACAAGGGCUACAAAGCCUUGGGAGGUCUGGGCCCUUCCUCUCCUCCCGGUACCCUACUCAUCACCAUCACCUGCUCCCUAGGCUCCAACCACACAUAACCACACCCUAACUACACCAGAAAGACUCCCUCAAAAUUCUCUCUCCCCUUGUCCUUUACACAUGUGGCUACCACAGCCAAAACCUCACUAUGAGGGACUGAGAAUGGAUUUUCAUGUUGUUUCUGCCAAACUGUUUCCCUAAAUCUCGGAAAUAUUCUCUGCCCGCCCCUCAUUCCACCUCUCCAACCCCGGCCAAGUUUGGAUAACUUGCCUCCGUAGCAUCCUGUGUUUAUCUCAUCGUAGCACUUAGUACCCAGUACUGCAAUUGUCCGCUCACUUGUUAGUCUUCAGUGCUCUGUGAACUCCUUGAAGACAGGGUCUGACUUGACUCUCCAGUCCCCAGCACUAGUCUGGGGCACAGUAAUUAUGUAUUCAAUCAGACUUCCAUUUUCUUGUAUAUAAAAUAAAGGAAUUGGGCUAGAUGAUCUACAAUAUCUAUUGGCAGUAAAAUAGAUCUAAUAAUCCCAACCCCAGCUGCGCGUGAAAUCCCUUUUUCUUCGCGUUGCUGGGUUCAGAGUUUCUGACGACCUUACCGGCGGGGAGAAUCCGAGACUACAGUUCCCAUGAUCCCUUAGGGCACCAUGUGGUGCCUGCCCGUCCUACUAACGCACAGCAAGGACUCCAUUUCCCAGCGUGCCUCAGGAAGGGCGCCAGGACUGCGUUUUGCUCCGGAGCGUCCGGAGACCUGGCCUUGAGCGGGAAUCGCAGUAUCCGAGGCUGAACGGCAGCUGGAGGUCGAAUUCACCGUGUCACGUAGAGAAAAGGGGCGGUGUCUCGGGUCUCCCCGUGUGGCGUCAAGGCGGUCUCCUGACAGAAGCUGGUGUGGACAUCUGGGCGUGGGGUUAGAGUGGAUGCGGGGGUCGCGGGGCGGGUGUUGACACUGUGCUCUCACCGGGCGGAUCAUCUCGACCCUCACUCCUGGUGUCUGUGUCUCUGGCGUAGCCGAUGCUGAGUGGGCGCCUGGUCCCAGGUCUGGUCUCCAUGGCUGGCCGGGUCUGUUUGUCCCGGGGCAGCGCGGGAUCCGGGGCCAUCGGUCCAGUGGAGGCCGUCAUUCGCACCAAGUUGGAGCAGGCCCUGAGCCCCGAGGUGCUGGAGGUUCGCAACGAGAGCGGUGGCCACGGGGUCCCGCCUGGCAGUGAGACGCACUUCCGCGUGGCUGUGGUGAGCUCUCGUUUCGAGGGACUGAGCCCCCUACAACGACACCGGCUGGUCCACGCAGCACUGGCGGAGGAGCUGGCAGGGCCGGUCCAUGCACUGGCCAUCCAGGCACGGACCCCUGCCCAGUGGAGAGAGAACUCUCAGCUGGACACUAGCCCCCCAUGCCUGGGUGGGAACAAGAAAGCUCUAGGAACCCCUUGAACCCUAAGAGAGGGGGAGGACCAGCAUCCGAAUGGGCUGAGUGAGCACGAACUACUGAGGCCUUCCCUUCGAUCCAGUCCAGGAUUUGUAAGGGAUGAAGACCCCUGAGCCCUAUUCUGUUGGGGUCCGUACAUAUUCUCCAAAGAUAGCAACUUGCUUCAGGUCAAAGUGAACCCAAGAAAAGAGAAGAAUCACUCACUACUGCUCUUGCCCUGGACUAUUCAGGAAGGGCAACCCAGAUGUUCCAUGUUAAAUCGUGACAGAACUGCACCAAACCUGAUGAGUUGGAAACAAUCCUAUACAUUAAAAGAAAUUACACUAUGA